AUGGCGACGAUGAUGACUUUCGCCCCCAGGAAGCUCAGUUCUUUACGCAUUUUGCCACCCUCACCCUCAACGCCACGUCGUUUGGUCAAGCCUGCACACUGCGCACCCAUCCAACAACAACGACAAGAACCAGAGGGUGAUGUAGCAGUUCUGUGCGAGGCCUGCAAUGGCAGAGGGUGGUUGCUCUGUGAUUUUUGCAAAGGCCAGAAAACCAAUGUGAAAUCUGAGACCAAUCGAAUCUACCGUCGAUGCCCAACUUGCAGAGCUAUUGGUCAGGUUUUAUGUUCAAAGUGCAAAGUGUUCAAAUGUGUCACAUUCCCAAAUUACAAUGAUGGUGAAGAGGUGUCUUUUUGA